CUAUCCUAUCAUCCUUGGUACACUAUCCUACCAUCCCAUUUACACUAUCCUACCAUCUUGCUUACACUAUCCUAUCAUCCUGCUUACACUAUCCUACCAUCCCACUUACACUAUCCUACCAUCCUGCUUACGCUAUCCUAUCAUCCCGCUUACACCAUCCUACCAUCUUGCUUACACUAUCCUAUCAUUCCACCUGAACUAUCCUACCAUCCUGCUUACACUAUCCUACCAUCCCGCUUACACUAUCCUACCAUCCUGCUUACGCUAUCGUAUCAUCCCGCUUACACUAUCCUAUCAUCCUGGGUUCACUAUCCUACCAUCCCACUUACACUAUCCUACCAUCCUGCUUACGCUAUCCUAUCAUCACGCUUAUACUAUCCUAUCAUCACGCUUACACUAUCCUAACAUUCUGAUCACAAUAUCACACCAUCCAGCUUACGCUGUCCUACAGUCCUGCUUACACUAUCCUAUCACCCUUCUUACACUAUUCUACCAUUCUACUAUCCUACCAUCCUGACAUCAAUGUCAAAUAAUACUGCCGUCGCCAUCCUAUAAUUCUACUGACUUUCUAUACUACAAUCAAACUAUGCUAUCACCCUACUAUGCUUCCAUCCUAUUACUAUGGGAAACAUUUAACAAAAUAGCUUAUAUGUUUUUAGUUGUUUAACGUGCUUAACAAGGAAAUCACCUGCUGUUUUAUAUGCGCGUUCCAUGGCAUAACGUAUUCGUAUUAUGGCCCAAUAGCGCUGUGGAUGAAAACAGAUGUGAGUAGAAAUAAACGAUUAUAGACAAUGUAUUCAUUUGAUUUAGCUUUUAUACAUGUUUUAUGCCAGAACAGCGUUCACGAAUGUUAGUUUCAUUUUAUAAUACCGGUAUCUGCGGAUUUCAACGUGAUAAUUCGAUGGGAUUAUGCAGAUGUUAUAACACGAACAAAAACAUGCGUUAUCCCAACAGUAUUAUGGUUUUGCAACCCAGUCUCUGUGCCCCUGAACAACGUAUAGUUGUCAGUUAAAAUGGUUGCGCAUGCGUGCUUAGUUUUGUGUAUUAAAAAGAAAGGAGAAAAUUAUUGUACGUUAAAUAUAGACACAAUUCAUCCUCAUUGUAAAUUUCACAUGACGAAUAGAUCAAAACAAUUAUUGUUUAGAGAUUUUACUUCCGUCUCCUUUAAGUUUCUUUUACACUUAAAAAAACUCAAGAGGAUUUACCGGAGCAAGAGAAGAGUUCAAGAUAGUUUCGAGUUUACUUUGUUUACAAGUUUAUUGCGCAUCUAAGUAUAUAUUGUAUAAUGUUCUUUAAAAUAUGACAGUUUUUAUACUAAAGAUUUUACAAGUUUUGUAUAAAAUAGUUUUGUAAUGCGUGCACAAACUAAAAAUAUCUUCCGUGUCCCGUCUGUGCAGCCGUGCAUACAGGACUCGUUUGCCUUAUCUCAUGGAUAUAUUAAUGUAUUGUAAGGAAUUUCUAGUUUCUUCGGCAUCUGGAAAUUAAAACAUGGGUGAAAAGAAAUUAGCAGAGGCCUACAUUUUAGGGAUUCCAUUUGGAUUGUUCGGUGCUCAUCAUUUUUAUCUGGGACGGAAAGGGUUCGGUAUCUUGUAUGUUUGCACACUGGGUCUAUUCGGGCUCGGAUAUAUCUAUGAUUUGAUACGUAUGCGGUGGUUGGUGAAACAUGCAAACAAACAGGAGUCAGAAGCGAAGAUGGUUUCAGACGUAUAUCUGAUAGGGGCGUUAGGAGGAAUAUUUGGUGCGCAUCACUUUUACCUUGGCAACAAGAAACUUGGCAUCUUCUACGCAUGUACACUUGGAGUGUUCACCCUGGGCUGGAUAGUAGAUAUGUUCCGAAUGAAGCAUCUCGUGAAAAACCACAAUGCUCACACCGAGGAAAAGUCUCUCGGAACCGCCUACAUAUUAGCGUUACCUCCCUUGGGUAUUUUUGGAGCAUAUCAUUAUUACUUAGGCAAUGUGAGAUUAGGUUUGGUAUACACUUUCACGUUCGGAAUCUUUGGAAUUGGAUGGAUAGUUGACUUGUUCCGCAUGCCAAGACUAGUGCGGAAAGCCGGAUUGAAUAAGAAAUCCAUUGGGACUUCGUACAUAAUGGCGAUGCCUCCCUUUGGACUCUUUGGUGCACACCACUAUUAUUUGGGAAAUUAUUUGUUAGGAAUUGUCUAUACAUGUACAUUAGGAAUAUUCGUGAUAGGAUGGAUUAUGGAUCUGUUCAGAAUGAAAAGUCUCGUCAAAGCUUCAAAUGACCCAACAAUUGAUUACGGAACAACAAAAGUCACUGCGUACAUUUUGUGUGUGUCCCCACUUGGAAUCUUUGGAGCUCAUCAUUUUUAUUUAAAAAGAUACUUGAACGGUGGAUUUUAUGUUGCAACUUUGGGACUGUUUGGGUUCGGUUGGUUUUUUGAUGUGUUUAGACUUCCGGUUCUAUACGAACGUUACGCCGCCAAAGACAAACACAAAUAUCCGGAUGAAGCAUACCUGUACUGGUUUCCAUUCGGAAUAUUCGGACUUCAUCAUUUCUAUCUUAAUAAUAAGAAAUGGGGAAUCCUGUAUGCUUGUACCCUAGGGUGUCUGGGUAUCGGUUGGUUAAUUGAUGGCAUUCGCAUGCCUAUGCUACUUAAAGAAUAUAAUAAACAUAUUGAAGAUUCAUGUAUGAAUAACUGCAGGAUUUGUAGGCCUAGCUGCGGUUCUUGUUCAAGCAAUAGCUGUGGCUGUUGUCAUCCAACUUCUGAAUACGAAACAAGCGUUGAAAUAAGAACACCAUCUCGUGGUGAAUUUGAAUUGGUUAGAGAAAUGCAUCAUUACGCAAAUAACGAAAGCUGCAACGAGAAUCCUGGCGAAGGGAACCUGUACACAGAGCUAGAAAUUCAUGACACGUGUACAGCAGAUCUUAUGACGUCAACCCAGCCGACAACACAAACCUACGAUUAUAUUGAGUAUCAGGGAGAUCCCGAAUACAACGAACAAUAUUUAGAUGCCGAAUAUGACGAACAAUACGUAGAGGAGACAGAAGCAGGUAAUUUCGGUUUUCCUUACCAAACAGAAGCUGAUCACGAGAUCGUAGACUACAAUCAAGAACAAUGCCAAGACUAUACGAACUAUGCUUAUGCUGCUGAUAAUUACACAGAAGAUGAUUAUAAUUUUCAGUACGAAGCUAAUCAUCCCAUUGAUGAUACACGUCAUAACGAAGAUGUUGAUUUAACAGGUCAGAAUGAACAAGAAUAAUAUGAGCUUGAUGCUGAACAGAAUGAUGAUGAUAGUUAUAUAAAUGAAGAUAAUAAUGAUCAUCAAUUCGCAAGUGAUGAAAUACGUUAGUGAUAUUAUUUCUCAGAAUGAACUGGAAUAAUAUGAACUUCAGUUAUCAGAAAAUUAAUUCAGACGGACAACCGAGGAUGUACAUUAUGUGAUGACACCUUACAAUACAAUAGAAACCUAUAUCAUUGUUUCACGGUACGUGCAGACGGCACAGUAUAUCAGUAUCACCGUUUCAUCAACCAAAUCCAGAAGAGGCUCUCGUAGAUUUUUGUUUUAUCAUUAGAGGAGUUUUGUUAAUAGAUGUUUUAUUGUUUAAGGGGUUUUCGUGAAUUACGGUUUUAUUAUUCAAAGUGGUUUACGUGAAUUGCGAUUUUGUUAUUCAAUGUGGUUUUCGUGAAUUGCUGUUUUAUUAUUCAAUGUAGUUUUCUUGAAUUAUUUUAUUAUUCAAUGUGGUUUUCGUGAAUUGCGGUUUUAUUGAGUCGGCUAAAGGCUGAAAGCCUUUUGACGAGUCCUUGCUGUUCAGCGAUUCUCUAAAUGGACCGAAUAACACGUGAAGGGAUGUAGUUCCAUUAGAUUUCUCAAACUUCAAACAGUUCACUGCAUGGAUGAAGUUAAAUUGUGUCAAUUCCCUUUGCUAUGACCAAUAUACGAUGUAAUCUGUCAUGUUUAUGACUUGUAAUUGUGCAAUACUCAAAUGUAACUCAUUAAGCAUAAAUGUGCAUUUUAAGAAUUGCGCAGGCUUACAAAGCUUGGGUAACAUCCAGCGAAAGACAAAAAAUAGUUCCACAGGGCUCCAGAUAAGAUGCGUAUUAGCGUAAAUUACGUAUAGAAGUAAUGCAAAUACGCAUGUCUAAUAAUUUCUAAGCGUAUAAAAACGUAUAUAAAAUUACAGAAACGCACACAAUGCUUUUUUAAAAACAAAAUCUGAAUCGUCUGGAUGCGUUAGGUAACAUAGCCGAUCAGCCUUAAUUCUCCCACAUUGAACGUAAACACGCAUCGUAUGAUUUCUAUAAACUUUGCGUGGGUUGAAUUUUGCAGUCAGUAAACGGAUAAAUUAUCGGAAGAAGAAGCUCUUACUGGUUUGUUUAGUU